AUGGUCUUUACUUCUGGAGUCUUCUAUCAACCACCUUGGGCGUGUUUCCGUAUGCGCUGGGAUGGCUGCUUGGAUACCUUGACAUCCUGGGCACUGACGCGACGCGCUGUGCUAUGGAUGAUUGUGAUCAACGGCGUGAUAUGGCACACGACGCAGACAGCUCUGCUAUUCACUAUUGGGCCGAGCGUCGAUGGCAGCGAUCCCACGGGCAUAUUCAUCGCCAUCGAGAAAACUCAAAUGACUUUCUUUUGCGCCCAAGAGUUUAUGAUCUCGGGACUGUACCUCUGGGGCACCAUCGACAUCCUGAAGACAUCACUAGGCAACAAGCAAAAGACGAUGUGGUAUCUCCUGAUCAUCAACCUCCUCAUCGUAGCCAUGGACAUAGCUCUCCUCAUCAUCAUGUACAAGGACCACUAUACGAUCGAACAAGGCGUCAAACUCGUCAUCUACUCCGUCAAACUCAAGCUCGAGUUCGCUGUCCUUGGAAAACUAGUCGACGUCGCGCAGAGUCGCGGAGGAUCGAGUAUUUCCGAAACACAUCCAGCGCGAUCCAUCGCUCGGGAACAUGGAAGAAGCGACAACCUCCCUGAAAUAGUACACCUUGAGAACACGGUUGCACGGAGGAUGGCCGAUGAUGAGGAGAGCAUGCGCCAUCUUUAUGACGAUGCGAUCAAGCAGAUAUACAAAGGCUGA